UUUGUCUUCGUGGAGGCUAGUUCGUCCUAAUUCCCUUGAUUUUAUUUACUCAACUUAUCUUUUUUUUUAUUAUUUCACGAUGGAGGAGGUCUCGGAUGUCACUCCGGAAGCCCCAGCACUCGAUUCUGGGGAAAAAUCAGAUUCUCUGAUUGAGGAAAAAGACAAUCCCCCAGGUUCAGCCAGUGAAAUUCCAACAGUUGACCCUGAAGAAUCACCUCCCGUUGGUGGGAGUGAGGAGGAGGAAAGCGAAGAGGUCAUGGCUGACAAGCCCAGGAAUGGAAAAAGAUCGCGAGCGAUUUUUGACAGCGACUCUGAGGAUGAGACUUCUGAAAAAAAGGGGAAUCAUGACAAAGCUGAUGAUGAGAGUGAAGACGACACGUUGGACAGGGUCAAAAGGAUGAAGAGUGGAUUCUCCAGGGUCACUGUCCAGAGUGAUUCUGAUUCAGAUCAUGAUGAUCAGGAGAAUGAUUCAACUCCAGUGACAGCAGAAUUAAAACAAAAAUCAACCAAAAUAUCGAGCCUAAUCGACUCUGAAUCCGAGGAGGAGGCCCCCCGCCCCGAUUUCCCCGAAGAGCAAACCCCCCACAGCCCCGAAGACCCAAAAAAAUCGACGAAACCAAAGAAAAAUCAGUCGAAGCGAGCAGCAAAAGACGAGGCCCUGAGCAAGAUCCGCAGUGAAACCCAGCGCCUAAUCCGCGAGUCCUCGAUCUCCCUCCCGUACCACAUUCCGAAGCAGCGAACCCUGGAGGACUUCCUGAGCCGCCGGAAAGUCUCCUCCUCCCUGCCAAAAGCCACCACAACAGCGAGCAGACUAAAAAACUCAGCGUCAAUCGUGAACCAAGUGCUCGAAGAGAAGGAAAAAGAGGCCGAGAUAUUCUACAAGUCAUCAGACUCCGAGGAAGACCCCGAGGAGCCCCACCAGGUCGUCCCCGCGCCCCCAGAGUCCGAGCAAAUAUCGAUAGAGGACACCCAGAAGCUGCAGAAGGUGGACGUCCACAACAGACAGCAGAUAAUCCACAAUGGCUCUCUGGAAUUCGGAGUUCCCAGAAAAUUAUUCAUGGAUGGCGCCUCCCCAGCGCCUCCAGGAGGUACCCUGGAGGAGAGAGCAGACAAGGGCAAUCCCCCCCAGAAGGAGUUCAAACGAGGGCUGAAGGAGGCCAGCAUCCCCAGGAAAUUGUUCGACGGUUUUGAAGAAGGUGCAGGCACACCUUCAGACAACGACUUACUGAGUUUGGAUUCUGGGGUUGGCUCCACAAUCCCUCAAGAAUCACCUCCAGAGGACAUCCCUGGGCCUCCAGAUGCUCCAGAAGAGGUGCCGGAGACAGUUGGAGAGUCCCCAGAGCCUCUAAAAGAUAAAACUUGUGAUGAAGAAGAUGGAAAACCAGACGAUUGCGCCAUCUCAGAGACUCCAAUGGUCCCCAACAAGGAGUUUAUGAAACUUAACGCCAGGAAUUGUCCUCUGAACAGGUCUGAAGGUGUUGGUGAACCAACAGCAGGUAAAGACGAUGAAGAUGAUGAGCCAGAUAGUCACGUUCUGGGGCUGCCCCUCCCAGAGGACGAUCCCAAGGAAGAGAGGAAUGAUUUUGUCACUCCUCAGACGACGACAGCCUCUUCAGCUACACAUCCAGCCCCCCAGAACCCCAAGAAAGCUGUUCUGCUGAAGGGAACAACGUCCAAGCCCAAACUCAGCGGGAACCCAGGGAUGAUGAUUGAUUUGACGAAUACCUCGAGGCCUGAUAAAGCAGCUGUGGAGAGUCUAGUCGACAGAUUUAUCACGAAGCACUCAGCAGUGUCUAAGAGUGAUGAUAAAGACACUGAGGUGACGAUUCUGAAUACAGAGAUCACCCCUGAUGGGUUGAAAAUCGUCAAGGACACUUUGUUGUAUAAAGUGAGAGGGGAUAAGGGUGAGGACAGUGAUUUGAAUAAGCCUGGGGUUAAGUUGCUGAGGUUGAAGGAGGAGUUGGAGAAGAGGAUGGCGGUGAAGAGGCAUGAGGAGUGGAAGCAGAGGGAGAGGGAGGCUGAGGGGGAGGGGGAGGAUGAUGAGAUUGAGGAGGUGAUGACUGUUGAUGAUGAGGAGGAGGAGGAGGAGGAGGAAGAAGGGGAGAGCGAGCCUGAGGAGGACGACAUUGUGAUUGAGGAUAAGAAGAGGAAGGCUAGUGCUUUUGGGGAUGAUGAGGCUGAAGUCAGUGGAGAUGAGGAGGAAGAUGAUGAGGAAGAGGAUGAUAAAAAUGAAGAGGAGGAGGAGGAAGAAGAAGAGGAGGAUGAGGAGGAGAAAGAUGAAGAGGAGAAAGAGGAUGAAAAAGAUGAAGAAGAGGAAGAAGACUUGAACAAAUCCAAGAAGUUCAGCAGAAUAAUCCAGCUAGAAGACGAUUCCGACGACGAAAAUACUGACGCCACACCUGCCAUAAGGCCAUUCGAAAGAACGAACACAGACGUCGAUAUUUUCGCUGAGGACGAUGAGAUCGACUCGAUCCCAGCGAGCCAGCCCUGCAAAACCCCAUCAACGAGUAAACCUUUCUCCUUGGGCUCUCCCUUGUCAGAGUUCAGCCAGCUGACCUCGCAGUCAGCCUCAGCCUCGAAGAACCUGCUCUCAAACACCCAGAUAUCAGAUUUUUCCCCCUUCAUCCCGAGGGGCAGUCCGAAGCCAUCAACCUCUGGAGAACUGGAGGCUGUGAGGAAUAAAUUAUUCGAGGAGGAUAACAGUCCAGUGAAAGACACAGAUCUCUUCGACCUGUGCUCUGGAAAAUUCCCAGAUGCCGAGGUCAGCACCCAGAGCAGUAGACCAAAUUUGAAGGGACUAGUGGACUCUUCGUCGUCCCAGAGGGUGACAGAGAGUCAGCUGAUGGGGCUGUGCUCAGGGGCUUUUGCAACCCAGCCUGAAGCCCCAGAAAACGAUCCCCAAGAGGUUGACGACGAUUUCAGACUGACAUUUGACGACGAGCCAGAGAAAAUCGAGGAGUCUAAGACCUCCGAGGGAGAGGAAGCCCCUGGGAAACCCCUGGACAUCGCCUCGUCCUCCGAAGACGAGGAGAGUAAACCCCCCGAUGACAGGAGAAAGAAACGAGUGAAGAAACUGGUGCUGUCUGACGACGAGAACGAGGACUAUGACGCGGGCAAGGAGGAAUAUUCGUCUGGUGAAUCUGAGCCAGAAGACGACCCUGAGGAGGAGAAAUUCGUGGACUACGACUCAGAGGAGAAUGAAGUGGCGGUGGUUCCCAAGAAGGACAUCAAGAAAGUCGCUGCUAAUUAUUUGGAGGAGGAGGCAGAGCUGAGUGAGAGUGAGUGGGGCUCUGAGGACGAGGAUGAGAGGGACCUGGACAAGUACGAGCUGGAGGAGGCUGACGCUGAGGAGAUCGACGAGGCCCUCAUGAGGGAUCAAAUUGGGAAGGUGCAUGCCAGGCAGCUGUUGGAUGAGGACAACAGGGACGUGAGGAUGUUGAAGGAGAUGUUGUUUGAUGAUGGGGAUCUGCACGAGGACGGCCAGGGGCGUGAGAGGAAGUUCAGGUGGAGGAACAUUGAUAAAAUUGGACUGGAGGAUGGACCGACGAACGAGGAGGACCUAGGGGAGGAGGAGAACCACGAGGGGGAGAGCGAACUGGAGCUGUUCUCAUUGGGUCUGAAGGCAUUGAGGAGGAAUAACACGAGUGUCCUGGAGGCAUCGAGUGCCACAGAGCUCGUGAAGAAGAGUAUUGUGCCGAGGUCUGUUUCAGAGCUGAUGCAGUGCAGCUUGAAAACCUCGAGGAUUGUCAAUACUGCCGCGAAGAGGGGGUCAUUCUUGGCGAGGGGGGACGAGGUGCUCGCGAAACUAGCGGUGAUGACGAGGCAGACUGAUGUCGUUGGACUGGCGCCCAAGAAAGGGGCGAAUUUUGUUUUUACACAUUUGAGCCCUUCGGUGGCUGGGGCCAGUGAGGAAGGCGAUGGUGAGGGCGAUGAGGGGAGGGGGAAGGGGAAUGCUGUGAGGAAGAGGAAACCCAGUGCUGGGAUCACUCCGAAGGCUACGAAGAAGGCGAAGGUCGUGGUGGAACGCUCGUCUGCGAAGAAAUUAUUCUAGAUGGAAAAGUAUUCAAUUGGAAAUUUAGGGGAUUCUAAUAACUGUAAUAUGUAACUGGUUCAUAUGUAAAUUGGGGCUCUGAUUGUAAAUAGUAUUUUUUAAUGCUCGGUGUAUAUUGAAUUUGACGAAGUAUUUGCAUUAAAAAUUAUUUUAAAAACA